AUGAACUGCCAAGGUGUGCUUCGCCUCCUGGCCCUCAUCCUUGCCCUGGUCACCACGUGGCUCUUCAUUCACAGCUAUAUGAGCUUCAACAUAAAAAACAUCCGUCUGCCACGCUGGCUGGGUGGCUCUACCUCCAAGGAGACCAAAAUCAUGAAGACCAAGUGUGGCCUCAGCAAGUCCUGCCCAGCCAACUUCUUCUCAUUUAAAAUCACCAGCGGGGCAGCCAAUGUUGUAGGCCCUUCUAUGUGCUUUGAAGACUACAUGAUCAUGAGUGCUGUGAAAAACAACGUGGGCAGAGGCCUGAACAUUGCCCUGGUGAAUGGAACCACCGGGACGGUGAUGAAACAGAGCAUCUUUGACAUGUACUCUGGAGAUGUUACUCACCUGGUGAAAUUCCUUAAAGAAAUUGCAGAGGGCACACUGGUGCUGGUGGCCUCCUAUGAUGACCCAGGGACCAAAAUGAAUGAUGAAAUCAGACAGCUCUUCUCCAACUUGGGGAGUUCCCAUGCAAGCAACUUGGGCUUCCGGGACAGCUGGGUCUUCUUAGGAGCCAAAGGCCUCAAGACAAAAAGCCCCUUUGAGCAGUUGUUAAAGAACAACCCACAAAUGAACAAAUACGAGGGAUGGCCAGAGCUGCUGGAACUGGAAGGCUGUGUGCCCUCAAAGAUAGCUUAGGGUGGCCACGGCCCUUCCCAGGCCAGGGGCCUGAAGAAGCUCCUGGCUGACUGAGGAGUCAGAGCCCUGGCCAGGUCUGAGAGGAAGAGGAGCGGCCUAGCAGCACAGAGGGAAGUCUGACAGCCCUCGCACAGUGACCGCCUUCCCUCGCUGGAAACAAACCCUCCUG